ACACCAAAUAAGCAACAACAACAAAGUACGCGUGCGAUUUCUCUUAAGACAAAAUAUACUUUUUAUAAAUAUUCGACCAAGUAUUGAUUAUUAUUUUUAAUAAUGAAUUAGUAAAUAUAUAUGUUAUGAAUUCCAAAAAUAGUCAUAAUAAAAAUAAAAAAAAAACGGAAGAGUUUACAGUUAUGCCUUCAAAGAAUGACACUCUAUCAAACCAAAACCCAUUUAGAGUUCCAAAAGACAAAGAAAUGGUCAAGUUUCAAGAAGAAGAAAAAAACCAAAAAAAACAGGUUCAUCAAGAGCAGUUACUUCUAAAAGUACAUGAAAAAACAACAUAUGUAAGCCGCUUAAAUGCCCGUACCAAGGCAAUGAUACACCCUGCUGGAGAUACAGACGAUGAUCUAAGUGAAGAUACUUGCAGUAAUAAGGAAACAUUAGUUUUGAAAGAUGAUUUUGUUUUAUCAACAACAAAAGGAUCAGAUCGGCGUAUUGAAAAAGAUGACUUGAACAGUUUUAUUGCUAAAAAACGAGAAAUGUUUUUGGUUCAGUAUGCUCUCGGUGUAAAACGAGCAGAGAUUCGAAAGCUUGAAGAAAUGGCAAAGACUGAAGAAAAGAAGUUAGAGUUAGCAGAACGCCAUCUUGAAGAAGAUGCAAUGAUGUUUGAUGAGUUUUUAAAAUCUAACGAUAAAAAUGCUGUAGAAGCUGUGAAAAUGGCUGAAGCAGAGACAAAAGCAAAAUUAGAAAAAGUUGCAGAUAUUAAAAAAUUAAAUAUCCAAAUAAUGGGAGUAAAAAGUGAAAUAGUAAAAAGCAAAGAAACGUUAAAAGAAUAUAUGUUCUAUAAAAAUUUUCUGGACAAGUUAACCCCAUCGGAAGUCAUUCAUGAAAGAUGGUUAAAAAAACAACAGAAACAGAAUGCAAAAGAAAAAGGGAAAAUCAUUAAAACUGAAUCAGCAUCAAUAUCACAGCAAUUGUCAAAUAAGUCUAAAACAAUCAAAAAUAAGAGAUCAAACUCUCCUUCUUCAUUUACAAGUAAAUCAAUUGAUAGUGAAAGUAAUUUAACAAACUCAACAGACAGUGAUGAAAGUUCUGAUGAGGAAGAUUUGCUUUACUUUACAAGUCCUUUUCAGUUGCUAGAAAUUUUUGCUGAGCUGGAAGAGCACAACUUAUCACUAAUCCUUAACAGUCAGGACACUGAGGAAGCACUUGAUGAAAUGAAGAAAACAAUCAUUCAUGUAAAAGAAAAAAUGAAUAAAGAAACAGAAGCUCUAAAGUUACAAGUUGAUGCUUUGAAAGAGACAAUACAAAAAGAAAAGAAAAAAGGCUCUGAUUUUGAAAUGAAGUCACGCAUGUUUUCUUAUGGAGAGUUUAAGGCUGAUGACCAGGAAAAAAUGCUUAUUCAACUGGGUAAGAAAGUAGAAGAAGUUUAUAAAAACUGUAUUGGUGAAAAUGAAGCUAACAUUAGUGCCCUUCAAAUGCUGACCAGCAUAGAAAAUCGUCUUGAGGAGUUGUUUGAAACAAUAGAAAUAAUGCCUGCUGAAAAAGUUGAAAUAGCUGAAAAAAUUAAAGACAAAGAACGACGCCUUCGUUUGCGCGAAGAAAAGUUACUUGAGCAAAAAAAAAAUCAAGAAGAAAGAAUAAGGAAAGCUAUUGAAAGAGCGAAAGCCGAACCUAAAAAAAAGACUGGUAGACGAUUAGUGUUUCGGUCUGCUCCACCACAAGCACGUAAACACGUGGAAAUUUCGCGAGAAAAGUAUGAUAAAGAAGAAGAAGAACUGAAAUACUUUUUUACAUAAUUUGAACUAGUUUAAAUAAAAAUAUGAUUUUUACA